UUAUAGACUCAAAUGGGCCAAGUUAUUUCGCUAAAGAAAACUUAAAGAUUUCUUUCGGUUGGGUAGAACGAAGGAAGAAAAAGAAUUUUAAAAAUUGAAACAGAAACACAUUCAAGAUGUACUGAAAUUUAAAAUAUCAAUUUUAGUCGAUGAUGUAAAACAAGGUUUAGGAACAACCAACACUGGUAAUGUUGCUCGCUCUUUCUUUGCCCAAGCUCAGGGUGUAGCGAAACAGACUAGGAUAGAUGAAAAAUUGAUCGUCAGGUUUUAUACUAUCUUGCAAGUGUUAACUUGUGGUAGGAUGGUCGACUGUGAUCAAUUCAAAACAUUUUGUUCAAAAACUGCAAAGCCUUGUGGGACAUUAUAUGUCUAGUAUCCAAUGCCACCAUCAGUCCAUAAAGUUCUCAUUCAUGGUGCAGAGAUCAUCAGAUCCGUGGAUGUACCUUUCGGCUGGCUAUCAGAGGAGCCCGAACAGGCUAAUAACAAGAUUUUUCGCAAGGCAAGGCGCGAAAAUAGCAGAAUGUCGAAUUGAGUACUGACCAACAAUGAUAUCAUCCAUUACCUCCUGAUAUCUUCAGAUCUUAAGAUUAGCUCUUCAAUGGUCAAAGAUAAGAAAAAAAUAAAAGCUCUGUCGGAUGAUGCUGAAGCGUUAUUGGUAAAAACUUAACAUUCAUUAAAUAAGUCCCUUGAAAAAAAGAAACAAAAAAAAAUAAAAUAAAAGUAAAAAAAUGUAGAAGUUAAUUAAAAAAGCAAAAAAACCUUUACUCAUCAACCGCUACCUUGACGAUGCGAUGACCAUGACGAUUGAACAUCGCGAUGGUGAAGAGGUUUAACGACUGUUCGUUAUGUACGCUAAUAAAGCAUCAGGACCAAAAGCAGUUCAACUUUUCAGGAACAAUCAUGAUAUUUUAUGGAAUAAAUUAUUUACAUCAUCGGUUGUUGCCAAGAUACGAUUCCCAAUAAAUACAUCAUUUGAUAACACUAUAACUACAAACCCAUCACACCUUUGAUUAAUACAUGUAAUGACCUUGGUUUUUUUAGCUCGAUCCGCAAAAAAAGUGAUCAUUGAAAAAUGUUCAAACUGUGAAUUUGUUCAUAAAUAUUAUGUGAACAAUCAAUACUUUUUCCUAAUUAGACAAAUGUCACAAGAAGGAAUAAUUGGCAAGCUAUUUAUUAUUGGUUUCGCAAAGAAAAUUAAUACUUUUCAUAGAAAAAUGGUUCAACUGUGCUUUUCUAAAUAAAUAUUGUUUAAAUCAUGAACAGUUCUUGUUGAUUGGACAAACAAGGCAACAAGGAGUCAUUGGUGAGACAUUUCUAGCUUAUUCCGCGAAAAAAUAAGCCUAUUCCUGCAAAACUAGCAUCGAGGACAUUGAACAAAAAAACAACGUAAAAAGAUUAAGAUUCCCAAACAAAAGAAUGACCAGUUUUUGCUCAAAUAGUGCUGAGCGAAAGAACGUUGCACCGAAGGAAAAAGGAAACGCAAGGAGAAAAUUGUUUACCGGCGAGGAUGCUUUUCAAGAGAAGGAAGACAGUUUGAUGAGAAGCAGAAAAAAUCUGUUUGAAUCUGAUGAGUCAAUCUCUUCUGGUAUAAAUGAAAAAAAAAACAUUGGAUUUAGAAAUGUUACAAGAAGAUAGAAACGGUGAGUUAGAAGAUGACUCUCUCAUUGGAAAUUAUAGUUUGGAAUCAGAAAAUUCUGCUGAUACUGUUUUAUUAACCUCAGAAGAGGGGGUCAGAAAAGUUGGGCGUUUCAGCAGUUUGCAUCAGGGAUAUGAACUAACAGACAAAACUGAAAGAGUUUCACUUCCAGAAAAGGGUGAACUGCUAAUUCGCCCAGUAGAGACUGCCCAACCCAGCACUUCAGCGAUUCCAAAAAGUACUUCGUGUGCAAUAGAAAGUACACCAGCGAUUUUUCCCCGAAAAGAAAGAGUCGAGCCCUUACGAAGAGAGAAUGAUAAUGAUGGAUCACCUGUGCACCGUGGACCUCAAAUGAACGAGAGAGCUGCUCAACCACGUAACCAGCCCCUGCGAAGACACAUUGAGAAUAAUGGUUCACCUGUGCACCAUAGACCUCAGAUGACCCAGAGAGUUACCCAACCACGUUACGAACCCCUGCGAAGACAAAUUGAAAAUAAUGGUUCACCUGUGCAUCGCGGACCUCAAUUGAACCAGCGAGAUCCCCAACCGCGUUACGUUUCUGAAGACGAAAAUUAAAAUUAUUGUGCCAGGGAAAAGUUAGAGAUUAAAGUUUCAGGGUGUCUGGUAAAUAUAUUUGUGGCAUGUACCCAGGAAAACUGGGAAUUUACCGGGAUUUUGGUGCAACAAAAAAAAUUUGGGAAAAUUUCAGGAAUUCUUUAGCAGUUCCGGAAAAUCUGUGGUCAUAAAUUCAAAUUAGAAAUUUUUAUUUUCUACGUAAAAUUACUGAAGGCAGUAUGAAAGUAAAACCAGAGAAAUGUCUAGUGUGUUUUUUUUUGCUAUUUUUUGUCGAUUUUUUAUUUAUAAACAUGGCAUUUAGGAAAAAGAACUUGUCAUGAUUUCUCGUAAAUUGCGGAUCGUAUUAUGGUUCUAAGUUUUUACAGUGGUCUGAUGCAAUGGAAAAAGAAAAAAAUCCCUGUCAUUUCACGGUUUACUCUUGGAUCACAAUGGAAUUUUCCAGACAUUAAAAUUACAAAAUUCGAACGCUAAAAGCUAACAAUUUUGUAAUUGAAAGUACUCAAAUACAUAAUAAAUUGC